UGCUGGCCCAUAUCUGCAUUAUUUUAUGCAGUUUAAGAAUGAGUAGGUGUACAGGUGUUCCUAAUAAAAUGCUCAGUGAGUGUUUAUAAUUUGACAGUAUUUGGUAUUGAGCUGGUUUUCAGGCUGGUUUGACUGGUCUUUGAGCGGAAGACCGGAAAACCCUGAUGCAAACAUCAAAGAUAAAGGAUUCUUCCUUAUUCACAAUUCUAUUUUAUCUAGACAAUUUUUUUCCUGAAGCUGUUCUUGAUGUUAUGAUUUUGUAAUGUCUAAUCAGUAAUUUUUUUUUUUUUAAAUCUUCUCUUUUUUUCAGAUGCCAGUUAACUAUUAACACUUCAAAAUGUGAACAUUUUUCAAGUUGUGCUCCGUGAGAUUAAUGCAAUAGUGCUAAUUUUUACCAUAAUUUUACAAGCCCAUUUUGGCACUUGCUCCUGUUCAGCCAACCAGCAUCAUGAGCUCACACAGCAAACACUAUGGACUUUGGUUUUAUUGCCCCACUGAGUUUUAAUGACGCUCCAUAUGGUCUUUUCAUCCAGACUCACUUCUCCUUUCUGCCCUACAAAGACGAAGAGACUAACAGAGGGCUGAAAAUGCUCUACUGUAGCUGCUAAAUCUGGUUUAUAACUAUAUGUAGAGCUAAUAUAUUUAAUACAGCAAUGUCUAGAUAUCAUAAGGCAGCCAUUGAUGGUAAUUUGGAUCUGUUGAAAGAGGCCACUAGGAAAGACCUAAACACUGAGGAUGAGGAUGGAAUGACCCCGACUCUCUGGGCCGCUUAUCACGGCCAACUGGAGGCUCUACAACUCAUCUGCAGCAGAGGUGGAGAUCCCAACAAAAGCGACAUCUGGGGGAACACACCCUUGCACCAUGCAGCCUCCAACGGUCAUAUGCACAUACUGAGUUUCCUGGUUACCUUUGGCGCCAAUGUCUUUGCUUUGGAUAAUGAUCUCCACAGUCCUAUGGACAUUGCCGCAUCUCGGGAUCAGAUGAACUGCGUCCGCUUCCUAGACAACACUGCUUCCCAGAAGACAAUGCAGAACCCUAAACAUGUGGCAAACUUGAAGAAACAAGCGGUCAAAGAUGCAGAACGCAAGAUGAAGAAAUGUGAGAUGGUCAAAAAGAGGCACCAGAAUAAGAUGGACAAGAUGUACCGUAGCAGUGGAGGCUCUGUCUCUGAAGCCAGUGCAGGUUCUUUCUCUAGCACAGGAUCCAUGAAGAACUUAAACAAGCUCACUGCCUCCAGCAAAUUUGGGUCCAUUACAGGAACUCUCCAGCGCAAGUUUGGAAAGAAGGACACCGUGUCGAAAAAUACAGAGAAUGGAACAGCAGAAAAGCCUGAAUUACUGGAUGUCUUCAAUGAGCAGGAUGAAAAAGAAGAGGAUGAAGAUGAAACUGACAGCUUUAAAGAUGAGGAAGAAGAUGAUGUGGAUCAAACAAAAGAAUCCCUGUUUCAGAGGCCAGGCCUUGGAAAAAUGGUCUUCCGAAAGAACUUCUCCAUGGAAAUGGGAGUCGAACCGGAAGAAAUUCCCAUUGGUGACACAGAGGACCUGGGUUUCCUGGUCCGCAAGGAGGUGUUUGAAGCAGAGGAGGAAGGACUGGACGACCAAUUAGAAGAGGAUUCACAAUUGCCUUGGAACCAGGAGGAGAUUGGAUUGGAUGAAGAUGAGGAGACUUCACCCCUGCAUUCCUUCCUGACAUCUGUAAACCUACUAGACUUUGCCCUUGUGUUUAUCCGUGAGAAGUUAGACCUGGAAGCCCUCAUGCUUUGCUCAGACGAUGAUCUAAAAAGCAUCCGAAUCCAGCUAGGGCCUCGCAAGAAGAUUCUGGAAGCAAUAGCUAGAAGGAAGGCUGCUCUGGAGCAACCUGGUGUAAUGAAGGACACCUUCCUGUAACACCAAAUAUAUUCAAUAUAUAUGCUAUAUAUCAAUAUAUAUAUAUUCAACAUAUGCACAGAUGCUCAGCUGUACAAUAUUGUCAAGUGAAAUGUGAAGAAUGUAUGUUCUUCCUAAACACUGCCUUCACUUCAGUAAUUUUAGACUAAACAUAAGACUAAAAAUUCUGAAAUAAUUAUCUAUAAUGUAUACCAAAAAUUCUUCCUCAGUGCCUUUAACAGAUACAUUAUUGUGAAUAAGGUUUAUCAUUAUAAAUUGUUUGCGAAUAAAGCAACC